GUCUAACGGGACGGGAGGCCUUCUCAGGGUUCCUCCCGGGCAGGUGCUCUGGAACCUUCUCUCUGCCUGCCUGCCUGCCCGGGACACGGCCACCCCUCCCGCCCAGCCGGGGUGCGGAGUGCAGGGUGCAGGAAGGGCUGGGCCGGCCGGCCGGGGGCGGAGGCAGGCGAGGCAGGCACGCGGGAACUGGGCUUUUUAAAACACUUAAACCCGAGGAAACCGUAGCAUCGCGGGACGGGGAAAAUGAAAGACUUUGGAAGUCGCCAGGAAUCCGACUCUGUGAGUUGGUUUCCAAGAGGCUAAGUUAAGCAUCUCCAAGUGGAUAUUAAAAAGGAGCAGCGAGACUCCGGCAGCGGCGGGAGCCGGGAGCGGAGGGAGGAGGCCGCCGGAAGCCGCUGGACCUCCGUGGCCUCCGCUCAGGAGGGACGAGCCUCAGCCAGCACAGCUCCCCGGGCCACCCUGGCCCUUUCCCCGGCCGCCGCUUUUUGAAUUUCUCUCCUUUGCUCCCUUUCUCCUCCGGUUUCGAAGAGACAAUGCUACUUCAGUUUGGAGCGCAAACAUAUGAUCAGCACAUGGAAAUGUGGUAAUUUGGAUGCAUUCGUGAUUGCAACAGAUUGAAGAAAUUAGACCAGACAAAGAGUGUUUUUGGAGGAGGAGGAGGAGGCAGAAAGGGGGGGCGACGGGGGUGAGAAAGGGGACGCCAGGACGCCCGCCGCCUGCUGCUAAAUAUAUCCGUAGGAAUGGAGAGGGACCGGAUCUCAGCCUUGAAAAGAUCUUUUGAGGUCGAGGAGGUCGAGACACCCAACUCCACCCCGCCCCGGAGGGUCCAGACGCCGCUGCUGCGGACCACCGUGGCCAGCUCCACCCAGAAAUUCCAGGACCUGGGCGUGAAGAACCCGGAGCCGCCAGCCCGCCAUGUAGACUCCCUGAGCCAGCGCUCGCCCAAGGCCGCCCUGCGGAGGGUGGAGCUCCCGGGGCCCAAGGCGGCCGAGCCUGUGUCCCGGCGCACGGAGCUGUCCAUCGACAUCUCGUCCAAGCAGGUGGAGGGGGCUGGGGCCACCGGGCCGUCCCGGUUUGGCCUCAAGAGGGCCGAGGUGCUGGGCCACAAGACGCCGGAGCCGGCCCCCCGAAGGUCGGAGAUCACCAUCGUGAAGCCCCAGGAGCCGCCGGCUCACCGGAGGAUGGAGCCCCCCGCCUCCAAGAUCCCCGCCGAGGUGCCCGCCGCCGAUGCAGUCCCCAAGAGGGUGGAGAUGCAGGUGCCCAAGCCAGCCGAGGCGCCCGCUGCCCCCAGCCCGCCCCAGCCCCUGGAGAAUUCCGAGCCCACCCCCUUGUCUCAGCUGCAGAGCAGGCUGGAGCCCAGGGCGCACCCCCCCAUGGCCGAGGCCCCACCCCGGAGCCAGGAGGCCACUGAGGCAGCUCCCGGCUGCGCUGGCGACAUGGCCGACACCCCCAGAGAUGCCGGGCACAAGCAGGCGCCCGCGCCACGGAACGAGAAGGCCCCCGUGGACUUCGGCUAUGUGGGGAUCGACUCCAUCCUGGAGCAGAUGCGCAGGAAGGCCAUGAAGCAGGGCUUCGAGUUCAACAUCAUGGUGGUCGGGCAGAGCGGCUUGGGGAAAUCCACCUUAAUCAACACCCUCUUCAAAUCCAAGAUCAGCCGGAAGUCGGUGCAGCCCACCUCGGAGGAGCGCAUCCCCAAGACCAUCGAAAUCAAGUCCAUCACGCACGACAUCGAGGAGAAGGGCGUCCGCAUGAAGCUGACGGUGAUCGACACGCCGGGUUUCGGGGACCACAUCAACAACGAGAACUGCUGGCAGCCCAUCAUGAAGUUCAUCAACGACCAGUACGAGAAGUACCUGCAGGAGGAGGUCAACAUCAACCGGAAGAAGCGCAUCCCGGACACGCGUGUCCACUGCUGCCUCUACUUCAUCCCCGCCACCGGCCACUCGCUCAGGCCCCUGGACAUUGAGUUCAUGAAGCGCCUGAGCAAGGUGGUCAACAUCGUCCCAGUCAUCGCCAAGGCCGACACGCUGACCCUGGAGGAGAGGGUCUACUUCAAACAGCGGAUCACCGCGGACCUGCUGUCCAACGGCAUCGACGUGUACCCCCAGAAGGAGUUCGACGAAGACUCAGAGGACCGGAUGGUGAACGAGAAGUUCCGGGAGAUGAUCCCGUUCGCUGUGGUGGGCAGUGACCACGAGUACCAGGUCAACGGCAAGCGGAUCCUGGGGAGGAAGACCAAAUGGGGCACCAUCGAAGUGGAAAACACCACACACUGUGAGUUCGCCUACCUGCGGGACCUGCUCAUCAGGACGCACAUGCAGAACAUCAAAGACAUCACCAGCAGCAUCCACUUCGAGGCCUACCGCGUGAAGCGCCUCAACGAGGGCAACAGCGCCAUGUCCAACGGCGUCGAGGAGAAGGAGCCGGAAGCCCAGGAGAUGUAGACGCCCCCCGCCCCGCCCCUGCCCCCGGGGUCCUCCUGCCCACCCCACUCCCCGGCCUGCCCAUUGCCCCAUUUUAUUUUAUAUCAUUUUGUCCGUUUGUCACCGUUCUCCGCCCCUCUGACACGCGGCCACGCAACAAGAGAAGGUGUGUCCUCCAGAGCGCGUCUGUCUUUGGCCGGCCGGUGCGGCCGCGGGCUGGGCGGCCUCCCUGGCCCUGCGGUCUGGGGGCAGCUGGACUGUAGCCGAAGGAGGGGCACGAGGACCCCCUGAAUCCACACGGCCCUCCGUCCCUCUCGGCCACGGCCCCCAGGGCGUGCCCAGGGGAGGGUGGAGCCGGCCGGGUGGACCGGGACCCCCCCACAGCCCCCAGCUCCACGGGCGAUCACCCAGACCACGUAACUCAGAGAGCGCCUGCCCCUACCCUGCUCCCAGGGGAGGCCAGAGAAUCCCACAACCUCAGUUGCCGCCUGCGUAGACCCGGCGCGGCCCCUUGGCAGCCGCCCGCCCGUGAGCCCGUCCUGGGGCAGAAAGUGCCUUUAUCGCAGCCGUCCACGCGAGCCGCUUGAGCCGGACAGGCCGGGUCGGAACGAGGGAGGCGUGUGUGUGUCUGCACCUCCCGCGUCCCACCGCCGUCUCUACCUCCCGCGGGGCUGCGGGGGCUGCUGGCGUGCUGGGACCCGACUGAGGACGAAAGGGAAGGGAAAACGGUGCGCCCACGCCACCCCUGAUUUUUGGGGAGGUCCAAGCAAGUGAAUCUGGUGGAGGAGCUGAGGGAGGAAGCCGUGGAAGGUGCCGGAAGGAAGGUUGGGGGUGGGGGCAUGUGGGCCGUGGCUUGGGGCCGAAGUGGCCCCAGUGCCCACACUGCCCUCCUGACUGGGGAAGGGUGUGUGUGUGUCCGUCUGUCUGUCCAGUCUGGUUUGGCCCCAGACUGGGCGAUGGUUCCCCUGAGCUCAGGUGGCCCCUGCAGCACUCACCCCUGCGUGGCUCUGGCCUUGGUGGCCUGUGCACCUGGGGAGGUGGGGGCCGGGUGAGCCUGGGCCCCUGCACCCAGGAGCCCAAGAAGGUGAGACGAGGGGUCGGUGUGCACAGCCCUCAGCCCAGCUGCUGAGCACAGCCGGCCCCCUCUCCCUCUGUCCCCAGCAGGGGACCGGCAGGGUGUCAUGGCGUGCACAGCUGGGCAGAGCCUUUUCCUGCCCUUCCUGUCUUGCUCCCGCGGAGGGGGAGGGGCCGGGCAGGAGUCCACACAGGUGCAGCACCUGCCUGCAGGCACCAGGCUGGCUUCCUGUGGCCCAGAGGGGUGGGACAGGAGCCAUGGUGCAGGCUUGAGGGGCGUGCACGUGUGUGGGGGGCCGCUGUGUUGAGCGUCUUGCCCCCUCCCCACCUAAGAUAGGAAAGGCCCCCACCAAACCCUUCAGCGGGAUAGUUUACUUGCCAACUUGCCACGUUUUUGCCAAAACCAAGAUUCAAAGGAAGUGUCCAUCUCCGGUGCCAGGGCCCGGCCGCGGGGCGGCGGGUGGCAGCGUCCCGCCCGGCUGGCUUCGCUUUCCCUCUCUGUGCCGGACCUGGGGACCCGUUAGCUCCCUCAGGCUCUGUUCCGCAACGGCCUUCUGCUCGGUGCCUCCCGAGAAAAUCGUCUCUUUUUGUAUAAAUGACUAAGUGUUGAAAGUGUAUUUCCUGAAAUAAAUGUCUCAAAUGCAAA